AUGAGCGGCGAAUACGACUAUUUGUUCAAGCUUCUUUUGAUCGGCGACUCGUCGGUCGGCAAGUCUUGUCUUCUUCUCAGAUUCUCUGAUGAUGCGUAUGUGGACAGCUACAUAAGCACUAUUGGAGUUGAUUUUAAAAUUAGGACAGUGGAGUCAGAUGGCAAGACAAUCAAGCUGCAAAUCUGGGACACUGCUGGGCAGGAGCGGUUUCGGACCAUAACUAGCAGUUACUAUCGCGGGGCACAUGGGAUUAUUAUUGUGUACGAUGUUACUGAGAUGGAGAGCUUCAACAAUGUGAAGCAGUGGCUUAACGAGAUUGAUAGGUACGCAAGUGACAACGUUUGCAAGCUUUUGGUCGGGAACAAAUGUGAUUUAGCUGAUAGCAAAGUUGUUGAUACACAGACAGCUAAGGCCUUUGCUGACGAGCUCGGGAUUCCUUUUCUUGAGACGAGUGCAAAAGAUUCGAUCAACGUGGAACAGGCUUUCUUGACUAUGACUGGGGAGAUUAAGAAAAAGAUGGGAAACCAGCCAACUGCAAGCAAGACAACUGGUCGAGUCCAGAUUACGGGUCAGCCAAUUGAGCAGAAUGGUAACUGCUGUGGUUAG